AAAUCAAAUGGGAUGUGUAACAACCAAAAACAAGCCUAAAACUUAGGAAGUCAAACCUCCCUUAAGCUAAAACUCUGAGCCAAUAGAAGAAAAUAAUGAAUUUAACUACCAUAGUGCUCCUUAAAGUCCUGCUUUAAAAAAAAUUGUUCGUAUUGGUGCAUUAACACAUGAUGAAAUUAAAGAUUUUAUAAUAGAGAGAAGAAACUAAAAUAAUAGUACAAGAAGAAUUGAACUAAUGAAAAAAAGUGGCCGAUAUACCCCAACUAUUAUCUAUAAAUAUAGACAACAAUCCGCCUCUUUUAGAAGCCCAUCAAAGGCUACUAAUAUAUCGCCAAUCUAACCUACAUAAAAAUGA